AUGGCGCGGUUCACGGAUUUCACAAUUCUCAGUGAUGGCUACUAUGAUAGUGUGGAGAUUGAGAAGGUGACAUCGUUCAAGGCGCAGUUCCAGGCUUCCGUUAGGAACUUGCAUGACGACCUCGGCGACAAGGAUGCAUCCCUCAUCAGAACCAAGAAAUUCCAAGCCGAAACCUUCGUAGAUAUGCUAGAGUUAGAUCGGGAUUUGGCCAUGGAUGUUAUGACCACGUACGGCGAAGAUUCGGGGGGGGGCCACCUUCCCUUCAUCUGGAGUACAGACAUUGAAGGGUUUUCUACUCAUUCGUUUCAUCAAAAGUGGUCUUCAGUAAGCCCUUCUAACGAAGGUCCUUUACAUCAUUCGUCGGCUGACAAGGUAUAG